AACUGGCGCCAGUGCCUUGGGCUUGUUUCAUUUGCGCAAAACGGGGGAGCCCAACUCCAAGGCACUGUCGUUUUGUCUUGAAGAGGGGCUGUUCCCGAGGGAUUCCCAUCGCCAAUAAUUUAGGAAAUCCACUCUCGAGAGUGGCUGCUGCCAUGGUAAUCUCCCCUCUCACUGUGCCUUGAUCAGUCGAGCCUGUCUCGUUUCCACAGUUAGUCCCAUCCUGCAUUACUUCUCUCUAACAUUUCGGCGGCCACGAUCACGCGCUAACCGUUCCAGGAUACCGUUCUUAAAACCUCCAGGUGGAAUCAAUCGAGCACGGAACAUCCACGCAAGCCGGUGCUUCUCGCACAAUAAAAACGGAUCGCAGGUGCCGCGGGAAACCGAGAAUGGGUGUCACUCCCGUUGCUUCUCGAUCCGCCUCUGCCACAUGUCGAGAACCGCUAUCAUUCAGAUGCGCGCACAGGUUAUUCCCGCUGUUCACCGCGGCGCUCCUCGCGGCCGCGUCGUGGUCCGCGUUGGUGCAUCCCGCGUCGGCCCAGGCAUCGUACAGAGUCCCGACGUUAGGAUUCUGCUGGGGCCGCGUGGCGCACCAACCUAUACCGCCGGACCUCGUCGUCGACAUGCUCGAGGCGAACGGGGUGUCGAAGGUGAAGCUGUUCGACGCGGACCCGAACGCGCUGACGGCGCUGGCGAACUCGGACGUGGAGGUGAUGGUGAUGGUGCGCAACGAGUUUCUGGAAGGCAUGGCCGUGCAGCAGGAGAACGCCGACAACUGGGUUUACAACAACCUCCUCGACAUCCUGCCCACGGGAGUCAAGAUCACGUCCGUGUCAGUGGGCAACGAGCCGUUCCUCAAGUCACGGCACGACUUUGACAAGUUCCUGGUGCCAGCGGUGCAGAACAUGCAGCGCGCGCUGCAGAAGGUGGAUCUAGACCAGCGCAUCAAGAUCACCGUGUCCUUCAACACUGACAUCGUCAAGGCCAAGGACGACCCCGCGCUGGGCGAGUUCCAGGACGUGUGGCUGUCGCAGAUCAAAGCAAUCGCCAAGGUUAUCAAUGAAACCGGGUCGUUCUUCUCAGUGAACAUCUACCCGUUCUUCUCGUACAAGGAGACGCCGCAGAUCCCCGUGGAUUUUAUCUGGUUCGACAACCCCGGGAAGGGGUGCCUGACGUUUGACAACAAGACCAAAGUGCAGUACUGCAACAUCAUGGACUCGUCGCUCGAUGGCGUCAUCUAUGCGCUCGAACGCAUCGGCUAUCCCGAUAUGGAGGUGGUGAUCGGCGAGGCGGGGUGGCCGAGCGACGGGCAUCCCAAUGCCACCACGGCCCUUGCGCAGUCGUACAACAACGGGCUGCUGCGCCACCUGCUGUCGGGCACGGGCACGCCGCGCCGCCCCAACCGCCAGUUCACCUUCUACAUCUUCGACCUCUUCGACCAGGACGCCAAGAGCACCGCCCCGGGGCCGUUCGAGCGCCGCUGGGGGGUGUACGACGACUACGGGCGGGCCAAGUACCCCCUGGAUCUGUCUGGUGGGAAGGGGUGGAAGCUGGCCCCCAUCCCAAACGUGAUCCGGCUGCGGCCGCGCUGGUGCUUGGCGAACGAGGCUCUGUACUCGGAAAAGGGUGCGGAUGCUGCGGUUGUGGACGCCCAGUUCCUGUCCAAGAUCUCCACGGUGUGUGGGAAGAGCGAAUCGGGGGACUUUGCGGAUAAGGCGGACUGCACGCCGCUGUUCAUGCGGCUGUCGACGCCUGGGCUGCAGUGUGCCAGCAAGGGCGCGAGCCAGACGUUGCUAGCCAAUGCGUCGUACGUGCUGAACGCGGUGUAUCAGCUGUCGGGGCAGCAGGAGGCAGUGUGCACGGAUGGCGGGCUGGGCGUGGUCGUGCCAGACCAGGACCCGUCGACAGGGAGUGCUGGGGGGGGGGACAUGUGCACGUACGAGUUGGGGCUGGACGAGGCGGCGAUGAUGCAGUACACGCAGCCCAACAAGGCGUUCUCAUGGAAGGUGCUGGGGUACAUUGUGGCGCUCGUGCUCGUGCUGGCCAAUAUGCUGUGAGGGAGGAAGGGAGGGGAGGGGAGGGGAGGGAGGGAGAGUUGGUUGGUUGGCGGAUGAGGGCGGGAAGGGAUGGGAGUAGGUUGAGGCAGAGGAAGAGGUGAGAGAUGAAGGGGGGAGUGCUUGUGAGGCAAUGGCCAAUGGUUUCAUUGGGGGCCUUGUUUGUUACUACCGACUCAUGCCUUUGGCGGCGGCUGGGAGGAGCGGGGGACUCUUGUGUGCUCUGCGAGUGGGUAUUUGUAGCAAAUUAGCCGAUGAGACGAGACCGGACCGAGGUUGGCUAGGCUCUUCUGUGCCGGCUUCAAUUCGCCCUUGUCUCCGAGCGUUCUAUCCUCCGUUUUCAGAUUUCAGGGCAGGAUCCCUCAGUGCAGCGCUGCUGCUUGCUAGUGAAUUGUUGCAUUUCCAAGGUGUGUGUUUGAGAGACUGGGUUAAAGUUUUACUUCCCGGAAUACCAGUGCAUCCUGAUUGAAGCUGUGCC